GUUUAGUGUGCGGGUUUCAGUGGUUGCGGCACACGGUCGAUAUUUCCUUACAGAUUAUAUUUUUCAUUUCAUUUUUCGCCGUUGUGGUGGUAUUAAUUCGGGUGGACUCUCGGGAGGAUGAUUUAUAUGAAGACUGAAAAACCGAUCGCAGAUAGAAGAUGAUAGAUCCAUCUUCAUCUGAAGAAGACAGCGAGGAAGAACAUGGAUCAGGUCAUCAUGUGGGACACCAUCCACCCGCGCAUCAUCCUAAUUACCAAACUCAUUCACACCCGGCGGAAGCAUCACCGUAUCAUUCUCACGGGUCUGACGGUAGCGGAAUCCUAGAGAUUCCGAACAAUGCUGCAUUGCAGCGAUCUUUGUCACCAAGCAGUGCCGUCUCUGCGGAAACCCACAGUAUUGGGUCUUCCUCGAGAGCAAAUUCUCUACCCCGACCAACCAGUCCGUCUCCUUCUGUCGCUUCAGAAAAGACUGAAGUUGACAUACAAGAGAAACAGGAGCGCGAGGAGGAGGAGAGGAAGAGAAGAAUUCAGCUUUACGUAUUUAUAUCGCGAUGUAUAGCGUAUCCCUUUAAUGCGAAACAACCAACCGAUAUGACGCGACGUCAAACUAAAAUUACUAGGCAUCAAUUAGAUGCAAUUGUAAAUAGAUUUCAGAGUUUUUUAAAAGGCGAAACUCAAAUAAUGGCCGACGAAGCCUUUCAAAAUGCUGUGCAAAAUUAUUAUGAUGUAUUUUUAAAAUCCGAAAGGGUUGUUAAAAUGGUUCAAUCAGGUGCCUGUUCACAAUAUGACUUCCGAGAAGUUUUCAGAAAUAAUAUAGAAAAGCGAGUAAGAUCUUUGCCUGAAAUGGAAGGUUUAAGUAAAGAAACGGUUUUUACGUCUUGGAUGGCAAAGUUCGACUGUAUUUUAAAAGUACAAGACGAUGAAACAAAAAGGCCUAGAAUGCAACAGAAUCUGAAUUCCGAACUGAUUUUAUCGAAGGAGCAACUAUACGAUAUGUUUCAACAAAUACUAGGGGUUAAAAAAUUCGAACACCAAUUAUUAUUUAACGCGCUAAUGCUUGACUCUGCGGACGAACAAGCCGCUGCGAUUAGACGAGAACUAGAUGGUCGUAUGCAAAAAGUCUCGGAAAUGGAAAAAAAUCGCAAGCUAAUGCCAAAAUUUGUGUUAAAAGAAAUGGAAUCUCUUUACAUCGAAGAGCUUAAAUCAUCAAUUAACUUAUUGAUGGCGAACUUAGAGUCCUUGCCGGUGUCAAAAGGAUCAAUGGAUUCUAAAUAUGGCUUGCAAAAACUUAAACGCUAUAAUCACAGGUUGCAUAACCAUAAUAAUCCGUAUAAUGUGAAGCACAUUUUGAUGAAUUAUGUUACUUCUUUUAGAUCGCAAGGAUCUUUAGCAAAACUUGAGGGGGAUUCGGCUGACAGUGAUACCCAAUUAACUAAAAUGGAUGUCGUUCUUACCUUUCAACUCGAGGUUCUUGUAAUGGAGGUAAGAGGUAUUAAAUCGUUACAACCGAAUAGGAUCGUAUAUUGUACUAUGGAAGUGGAAAAUGGCGAAAAAUUGCAAACAGAUCAAGCAGAAGCGUCGAAACCAAUGUGGGACACGCAAGGUGAUUUUUGCACGACACACCCCUUGCCAGUAGUCAAAGUCAAACUUUAUACCGAAAAUCCGGCCAUGUUGGCUCUCGAAGACAAAGAACUCGGCAAAGUCAUUCUAAAACCCACUCCGCUCUCGUCGAAGGCUCCCGAAUGGCACAAAAUGCUCGUUCCAAAAAAUCUUCCCGAUCAAGAACUGCGAAUUAAAAUCGCAUGCAGAAUGGAUAAACCGCUGAACAUGAAACACUGCGGCUAUUUAUACGCUUUGGGUAAAAGUGUUUGGAAAAAAUGGAAGAAACGUUAUUACGUGCUGGUACAAGUUUCCCAAUAUACUUUUGCCAUGUGCAGUUAUAAAGAAAAAAAAUCUGAACCAUCCGAAAUGAUGCAGUUAGAUGGUUACACGGUGGAUUAUAUCGAAGCUUCUAGUGCAACGUUAAUGGUUGGAACGGACUUGGAAGGCGGUAGAUACUUUUUUAAUGCCGUUAAAGAAGGCGAUAGCAUUAUAUACGCGAGCGAUGACGAAAACGAGUGUCAUUUAUGGGUGAUGGCUAUGUAUAGGGCUACCGGACAGUCGCACAAACCUACACCACCUGUCACUUUGCAGGAUAAAAAUUCAACUAUCUCCAAAAUUCAAGGAGAUGCCGAUAGAGCAAGAAAGCACGGGAUGGAGGAUUUCAUAUCGGCGGAUCCUUGUCAAUUCGACCACGCGUCCUUAUUUAAACUACUUCAAAAUCUUACCCUGGAAUACAGACUAAACGAUCCGUAUUGCUCACUGGGUUGGUUUAGUCCCGGUCAGGUGUUCGUGUUGGACGAAUAUUGCGCGAGAUAUGGAGUGAGAGGUUGCUACCGUCACCUGUGCUAUUUGUCCGAUUUGCUAGAUAGAGCCGAGAAAAAUAUCAUGAUCGAUCCAACGCUGAUCCACUAUAGUUUCGCUUUUUGCGCGAGUCACGUGCACGGGAACAGACCCGAUGGCGUGGGCAGUGUCACGCACGAAGAGAAAGAGAAGUUUCAAGACGUCAAAGAACGACUGCGUGUGUUACUCGAGCACCAAAUUACUAAUUUCAGAUACUGUUUUCCGUUUGGUCGGCCCGAGGGUGCGUUGAAAGCCACCCUAUCUUUAUUAGAACGGGUAUUGAUGAAAGAUAUCGUAACUCCGGUGCCCCCUGAAGAAGUCAGGGGGAUGAUAAAAAAGUGCUUAGAGACAGCCGCGUUGGUUAACUACACUAGAUUGUCAUCUGAAGCAAAAAUAGAAGAGGACUUGCGUGGGGAGACGAUGGUGUCUCCGAGUAAAAAACUGGAUGACCUGAUUCAUCUUGCUGAACUUUGUGUGGAUCUUCUGCAACAAAACGAAGAACAUUAUGCUGAACAACUGCGCAAGGCCGAUCGGCCUCUGCGCAAUCAAACGGCCACGGCUGCUCAGGCCCAGGGCCGAGUGGGGUCCUCGGGGCCCGCAUCUGCUCCCCCGGGCACCCCUAGCCGGGACGCCAAGCAGCACCCAAACUCUGUGUCUCGCUAUUGCAUGCCUCAGCAUGCCACUUACACCCCACCAGAACCCACGGCUUUCGCGUGGUUCAGUGACCUUCUGGUUGAACAUGCGGAAAUAUUUUGGUCUUUGUUCGCCGUCGAUAUGGACAGAGUUCUUGGCGAGCAACCCCCCGAUACGUGGGAUUCGUUUCCAUUAUUUCAGAUUCUAAACGAUUAUCUCAGGGCCGACGAUAAUUUAAAAAACGGAAGAUUCCAUCAACAUUUGAGGGACACAUUCGCUCCGUUGGUUGUGAGAUACGUAGAUCUUAUGGAAUCGUCUAUUGCUCAGUCGAUUCACAAAGGAUUCGAGAAGGAACGUUGGGAAAUUAAAGGGUUCGUCCUAUUUACAAAAAAAACUAGUUGUUACGUGGUUCUUUGUAACGGAUGUGCUACGUCGGAAGAUCUAUUCUGGAAACUAGAUGCGUUGCAAUCUUUUAUACGCGAUUUACAUUGGCCGGAUGCUGAAUUCAGACAACAUUUGGAACAGAGGCUUAAAUUAAUGGCGUGCGACAUGAUGGAAUCGUGCAUUCAAAGAACCGAAUCGGCUUUCCAUCAGUGGUUAAAAAAAUCGGUUACUUUUAUAUCGACCGAUUAUAUAUUGCCGUCGGAAAUGUGCGCCAUGGUGAACGUCAUUUUGGACGCCAAAAAUCAGUCCUUCAAACUAUGCGCGGUGGACGGCGUCGAUUUGCAUCAAUACCACACGAAAAUAGACGACCAAAUCGAUAAAACGUUGGCCAAUAUGAACCAAGGGAUGUUAAGUAAGUUGAUGUCUGUGUUAGAAGCUACUCUAUCGAAAUUGUCCAGAUAUGACGAGGGCAGUUUGAUUGGUUCCAUUUUAAGCUUCACGAACGUAUCUGGGUCUGGAAAAGACGUUGGGCAAAGUUACGUCAACUUCCUAAGGAACAGUAUGGAACAAAUACGGGGGAAAGUGACUGACGAAUUGUGGAUUCUUAAUUUUUUCGAACAGUGGUAUACCAGUCAAAUGAAUAUUAUUUGCAACUGGUUAUCUGAACGAUUGGACCACACCCUACAUCCCUACCAAUGUACGUGCCUUGCUCAUAUUGUCAAGAAAAUAUAUUCUGAUUUUGAACUUCACGGUGUUAUGGAAGAUAAACUAAAUUCCAAAGCUUACCAAACGAUAGCUCAGAGAAUGCAAACCGAAGAAGCGACUUGCGCACUGACAAUGGGGCAAACGGAUGGGGGAUUGGAAGGCGGCGACGAUGAGACCGAAAGCAGGAGCAGGUCGCUCAUCGAAAGUCUCGGCGGAGAUGAGGGAAACCCCUUGACUAACGUAGGGAAUAUGGUUGCCGGGAGAGUAAGCAAUAUUCUCGGAAAGGGAUUGGGUGGUAUUGGUUCAAAAUUGGGUGGAGGCUCGAGCUGGUUCUAAAUUUUCCAUUCGCGUUACGUUACAAUAGCUUUAUUUUUUAGUAAUAUUUUUUAGGUCGAAAUAUUUGUCUAUCGCUUUAAUGGCGAGGGAUCUGAUGUACCUAUUGUAAAUUUUAGGAUAGGUUUUGGGGAUUUUUGUAGGCUGUUUUCGAAAACGACGUGUUUUUCGCUUAUCACAUUGCGCCAAUUCUAUUAUUAUUAUUAUUAAGACAAAUUCCGAUUUCAUUGCAUAUCAAAUGGGUUUUAGUUGCACUGAUUGGCAAAAUAUUUACCACGUCGUUCUGCUGGCCGACAUUUCUAAGUAAUAUUUAAUUUCAUUCUAGCGCAAUCUUCUUAAACGUAUGCUGUAUUAUUUAAUAAAUAAUCUGUAUUUGAUAAAUUAUAUUCAGUAUUAACAAGAACUUUGCCUUCUCAAGAAAUUGAACGCGGCAAUAUACUGUACAUGCCUUAAGGAUCGCUAACUGCGCUAAUCAUCUUUAUAUUUAUCAGUAUAUGUGCUAUUUAACCACUUUUUAAACAAUAUUUAACAUUUCAGUGCAACAAUAUGGCUUUAAUUUUUAUAUUGUACAUGUACGAAAUGUAUCGGCACGUCAUUUAAAAGUAUAUUCGAAGUGGUGUUGU